GAAGCCAAGUGGGCGUGGCACUAUACCAAAGGAGGGGUGUGAUACAGGUCCAAGUUUUGCCAAGAAGUGUUUUCGUUUAGUACUCGGCAAAUAAACUAAGAAUUUAUAGGAUAUACAGAUGAUCGACUAGUCAAACGCUUCUAAGAAAAGGUGUAAAAUUGGACUUGAAAAAUAUGUUUGCGAAACUCUCAGAAACAAACACUAUCGUUAUAAUAGUUUUCGGUGGUCUUGUUACUUUUAUUUUGGUGUUCCUGUUUGCAAAGAGGCAAAUUAUGAGAUUUGCAAUCCGAUCGAGAAGGGGGCCUCACGCACCAAUUGGACAUGAAGCCAAAAAGUCUUUGCGGCGAGAAAUCGACAGGAGGAUUGAACUGAUUCCGAGAAUAGUAACUGAAGCAAAACUGCUGCGAGAUGAGCACGACAACGGCAUUCCUAAAAUCUUGCCUGGCACGCAAUUGAUUUCAACGUACUACCGCCUACGAGCUGUUGAUGACAUCAAAAUUAUAGAAAAGGAACUGGGCAUCGUGAGGCAUCCUUCAGAGAGCGUACGCGGUGUAUUAAUCUCGAACCUGUGCGGCCAGUCCGAACCACUCUCAGGUCCAGCACAAAAGGUCGUGCACCAGUUUUGCGAUUUGUACGAGCACGCCCGACACGGAGCAGCCGACUUUGGGGAGAAUGAGUACAAAACCUACAACUGCUUGCUGAAGAAAUUAAUCGAGGCAGGGAAGCAGUCAAAAUCUCUCUCCAGCAGUCAUAAAUCUAGUCCUAGCCGAACGCCACUCAGACGCCACACUCGAAUGCAAAGCUCGCUACCUCUAGCCGAAAUCAAUUCUGAGCAAAAUAGUGAAACCAGAGUUUGAUGAUUUUAGUCACUCAUGAAUGAAAGCGUUUUAUAGGUGAGAGUCUGAAGAAAAAUGUGAAGUUGUGGUUAAUAAACAAGAAGUUAUACUUGAAAAACAACAAGUUGAGUCGACUCACAUCAAAUUUCCUGACACAGUCUGUAAAACUGCCGCUCUCUCAUUGAUUAAAAACUGUUGCACCAAACUUUGAAUGUUCUCUGAGCUUCGAGCGACUUGUCUCUUCAUUGCAAGUCUGAAGUCCUCCUUCGCUCCCUUGUCCACUCCUCUGGUUGCCAUUCUCCUACAAUAAAUUAAAAUAAUACAAUGAAUACCGAAUAA